AUGAACACUAUUUCCUUUACAUUUGUUAUAAACAACUGUGGUGAAACCACAUACUCAAACGAAGUUUUUGAAAAGCAUCCCUGCGAGCUGUUCUUAAGCGUCGACAAAUUAAUCUCGACCACAAAUUCUAAUGAAGAGCUUUCAAAGGAUAUUCCCCGUCCCCUCAAUUCUUUCAUGCUCUUCAGAAGGAAUUUCAGCGCGGGGAUUGUUGAGGAAAAUAAGGACCGAACGUUUGUUUCGAAGGUUUCUGGUAAAGCAUCUAAAGCGUGGAAAGAAGCUUCUCCGCAAGUAAAGGGAUUCUUUAGUGCGUUGGCUGAAAAAGCAAAAUUAGAGCACAAGAUUCGUUACCCAGCAUAUAAAUACAAUCCUAAGAAGAAAAUGAUACGUAAACGAUCUAAUAAGCACUCAAAGAAACCGAACAAAUCUCGUCAGCAAAAGAAAUCCUCUGUCAUCGAUUCCACCCAACAAAAGAGCCAAAUUCAUCCGAAUUGUGAGCAAUCUGAAUCUUUUUCAUUUGAUCAAUCAUCAAAUUUCGAUGAUUUUACCAGAAAUUCGGUAAAUUUGAUUUACACUUUUGAUCUAUUCCCGUCUAUUGCUCAGCAAGAGGAACAGUUUAUUUUUUAA